UCCCAGGCUUUGGUCUUCCAGGUGUUUUGGACUUCCAACUUCCAGAAUUUCUGACAGUUGAAGUCCAAAACACCCGGAGGACCACAGGCUUGUGCCCACACUGCAGGAUCAAUGCUGUGGAAUCCUGGGAGUUGUGGUUUGGCUUAUUUGGCAGACAAGUCCGAAGCCAUGGCAGAUCAAGUGGUGUCACACUGCAUUAAUUCCACAGUGUAGAUCAGGCAUGGGAAGAUUUGGGCCCUCCAGGUAUUUUGGACUUCAACUCCCACCAUUCCUAAUAGCCCCAGACCCUUUCCUUUCCCCCCUUAGCUGUUUAAGGAAGGAAGUGGCCUGAAGCAGGUAGGAAAUGUGGGAGUUGAAGUCCAGAAUACCUGGAGAGUCAAAGGUGUUUGGAUUGAUGUAGAUGCAUCCACAGUUUGGGAAGGAAUGGCUCUCAUUCCUGGCCCAGGGAUAUUUGAUGCACUUAGUAGGUGAUUUGUGAGGAGGGAUUUCCCAUGCACUGUAUCAUAUGAGUUGUGCUGGUCUAUAAAUAAGGGCCUUUCUUCUAGUGCAAGAAAUUGUGGGCUCAUGCCUUUUAGACCAAUAUGCUGCCAGCCAUCUGCUUUUUUAAUCAGCCUGUUGCUAGGUUUCAAGAGACUAAAAGUAACUGUGCCCCUCUAGUUGUGUUUGUAGGGCAAUUUUUUAGAAUCAUAGAACAAUAGAGUUAGAAAAGACCACAUGGGCCGUCCAGUCCAACCCCCUCCCAUGCAGGAAUAGCACAAGUCGGGCUGAAAUGGGCAGGAUAGAAAUAAUGUAAAUAAAUAAAUAAGUAUACCUGACAGAUGGCCAUCCAGCUCUGUUUAAAGGUUUCCAGGGAAGGAAACUUUUGUGUGUUUGAGGUCAGCAGUUUCUUAGUCCUGCUCUAGAAUUUAAGAAAAUUAUUUUUUACUUUGCAUGGGAGAAGCUAUUGGGUUCAAUUAAAAUGCAAAAUUAUGUUCUGGGAAAAAGAUGGUGCUCUCUCUCUCUCUCUCUCUUGUUUGGUGUUAGCUCCUGAAAUGUGGGGCUUAAGUAUAUCAAAUGAAAGUGAAAAAUCACCAUAGGAGGCCCAACAUGGAGUCUGAAGAUGCUGUUUCUCCUGAAAAAUUAGUUGAAAAUUUGACACUUUCAGAAGAAAAUAACAGUCAACAGGCCAGUUGCAAUGAUGUGCAUAACCACAAAUUUGCAAAAGAAGGAAUGAAUCAGUUUUCUGACUCAGAGACCAGAGAAGAUGAGGACCUCUUCCAUGACUGUAAUGACUCCUUUGUAUCAGAAGUGGUAGAGGAAAAUCACAAUGACAAGGAAGAUAACUCAGAGAUUCAAGCAGAACCAGAUGAAAAAGAUUUACUAGAACUGGAGAAAGAUAUGUCAGAGGAAGAAAAACAGGAAAGAAGAAACGAGAGCAUAAAACUAAAAGAAGAAGGAAAUGAACAAUUUAAAAAAGGAGACUAUAAAGAAGCUGAAGAUUCCUAUGCAAAAGCCCUGCAGAUUUGUCCAGCCUGUUGUAAGACUGACAGAUCUAUUUUGUAUUCAAACAGAGCUGCAGCAAGAAUGAAACAGGACAAGAAAGACACUGCCAUAAGUGACUGCAGCAAAGCCCUGGAAUUGAAUGCAAAUUAUAUCAAAGCACUACUGAGGAGAGCAGAGCUCUAUGAAAAAACAGACAAACUCGAUGAAGCCUUAGAAGACUAUAAAAACCUGUUUGAAAAAGAUCCAUCAAUACAUCAAGCAAGAGAAGCCUGUAUGCGACUGCCAAGACAAAUAGAAGAACGUAAUGAAAAACUUAAGGAAGAGAUGUUGGGUAAACUGAAAGAUCUUGGCAAUUUGGUUCUGCGCCCUUUUGGCCUCUCAACUGAGAACUUCCAGGUGAAGCAGGAUUCAUCAACUGGCUCAUACUCUAUUAACUUUGUUCAAAAUCCAAAUAACAACAACCGAUAACAUAAACCCAUCUUCUUGCUGGUUAAAAGUUUGGCUUUGGAGUUUUCGGAGAGGAAUGCAAAAAUGGAUGAAUAAACAUCUAAUGUCUAACAUCUUUACUGAAAUGGAAAACAAAUUGAACAUAGUCCUGUGCAUUUUUCUCCUGUGGGGAACUCCCAAGUGUGGACAAAUGAAGGAAGUAACCUUUACAGUAAUAUACGUUACCUUUGCAUUACCCCUAGUAAGGAAGAGGAGUUUGACAUUGUUAAAUAGAAAAAUUGAACGCAUCCAUGCCUGUUAUUAAAAUACAGACAUUUUGUGUUUUGUGGUUUGAAAGUGUAUUUGUGUGACCGAGAGAGGUUUUAUCUUUCUGUUCUGAGAAUAUAUCUUGAGUGUAAUAAAAACACUGAUGGUAUUGUGGGCA